AUGAUCACCUUUACCUCCUUCCCCUCUUCGCCUGGUGGAGAAUACGAUGCGGUCAGGCGCCACCGCGAAACAGACAACGAUAUGGAUGUGGAUUUCGACGACGACGACGAUUUCAGCUCUAAUAGAUUGCGGUUGACGUUACCUGGGGACUACUUGACUUCAUCCCAAGCCUUCAUGCGAGGGCAUGGAACAUAUGUUCACGAGGAUCAAGUUGUGGCUUCAGUCGCAGGAACGGUGGAACGAGUAAACAAACUUAUCACGGUUCGGGCUAUUCGCACCAGGUAUAAUCCUGAAGUUGGGGACCUUGUCGUGGGACGUAUCACCGAGGUUCAACCCCGCCGUUGGAAAGUCGAUGCCAACUCACGCCAGGAUGCCGUACUUAUGUUGUCCUCUGUGAACUUGCCAGGAGGGGUCCAGCGUCGCAAGUUGGAGAGUGACGAGCUCCAAAUGCGCAACUUCUUCGAAGAGGGCGAUCUACUCGUUGCAGAGGUUCAAGCCUUUUUUUCGGAUGGUGCCAUGUCCCUGCAUACUAGGUCACUGAAGUACGGCAAGUUACGCAACGGCCAGCUGGUUAUCAUCCCUCCGAUCUUAGUCAGGCGACUCAAGUCGCACUUCAUCACGCUACCUUGUGGUGUUGAUUUGAUUUUGGGACUGAAUGGAUAUAUCUGGGUCAGUAGACACAUCAAGGCUAGUGAUCAAGCAGGUGAAGAAGGGUUCGAUGCCGAGGCAGUGUAUUCUAAUCAAAACGAUGAUAUCGACGAACCAACACGCGGAGCAAUCGCUCGAGUUACCAAUAUAAUACAUGUGCUGGCAGCUCAUUUUGUUCCAUUGACAGAUACGAUUCUGCUGGAAGCGUACGAAUGGUCUGUUGAACAAGAAGAAGCAAAUAAAGGGCUGUUCCAGGAGGAUGUAGCGGAGGCCCUCGUUGCUUCACUGCACUCCAGAAGUUAG